AUGGCACGUCCCAAACCUGCACUAGUUCUGAGCUCCCUCUUUUUGCUACUCAUUUUCUUCCAAACUAUCAAUCCAAAUGUGAGCGCCCAAAAUGAUCACAGCAGCCUUCAGCACAUGUCUGCAACUGAAACUAUUGGCUGGCAUUUGAACAACAGCACAUUCUUCGACCCCGGCGAAGAUGGUCUUGAAGAUGAAGAAGAAGAAGAAGAUGGUGGCGGUGAGGUUGGUGAUCAUGGGAGGACACUACUCUACUACUACUACAGAUCAAGCAGGCCAAGGCGUUAUUACAUUUCUUAUGGGGCAUUAGCUGCCAACAGAAUCCCCUGCCCGCCUCGCUCUGGAAGGUCUUACUAUACCCACCACUGUUACAGAACACGUCGCCCAGUCAACCCCUAUUCCAGAGGAUGUUCCGCUAUCACCCGUUGCAGGAGAUGA